CUUACACUUGUCCUAUACAUAGAUCUUCACGCUCAUCUCCCCCUCUCUGUGCAGUCUCGCGUCUAUGGCGGUCAAAAGUCUCCACUCCUUCGCUCUCCAUCUUCUCCUGCUGACGAUCGUGAUCGGCGUCGUGAACUCCGAGUACAUAGAGUACAACACAACACCGAGAAUCGUCCCCGAGAAAAUCAAUGUUCACUUGGUUCCUCACUCCCACGACGACGUUGGCUGGCUCAAGACCGUUGACCAGUACUACGUCGGCGCUAAUAACUCCAUUAGGGGAGCUUGUGUUGAGAAUGUAAUCGAAUCUGUCGUCGCUUCGUUGCUGGAUGAUCAAAAUAGAAAGUUCAUUAUGUUGAGAUGUUUGCUGAAGGAAUUAGAUAUGAGAUGGUGGAGGCAACAAAGCAAAGCCAAGAAGGUUAAGGUCAAGAAGCUUGUUGACUCUGGUCAACUUGAGUUCAUAAAUGGUGGAAUGUGUAUGCACGAUGAGGCGACUCCGCAUUAUAUUGACAUGAUUGAUCAGACAACACUAGGCCAUCAGUUUAUCAAGAGUGAGUUUGGUCAGGUUCCUAGAGUCGGUUGGCAAAUCGAUCCCUUUGGACAUUCUGCAGUGCAAGCUUACUUGCUUGGUGCUGAGUUAGGCUUUGAUUCGCUGUUUUUCGCUAGAAUUGAUUACCAAGAUCGUGCAAAGAGAUUGAGAGAGAAGACACUUGAGAUUAUUUGGCAAGGUUCCAAGUCCCUUGGCUCAUCUUCACAGAUAUUCACCGGUGUAUUCCCAAGACAUUAUGACCCUCCUGAUGGUUUCACAUUUGAAAUAAAUGAUGUGUCACCUCCUGUCCAGGAUGAUCCUCUUCUUUUUGACUACAAUGUUCAAGAGCGUGUCGACGACUUUGUGGCUGCAGCCCUUGCACAGGUUAAUGUGACCAGGACAAACCAUAUCAUGUGGUUAAUGGGAACUGACUUCCGUUACCAGUAUGCAUAUUCAUGGUACAGACAGAUGGACAAGUUUAUUCAUUAUGUUAACAAGGAUGGGCGUCUCAAUGUCCUGUAUUCGACACCAUCUAUCUACACCGAUGCAAAAUAUGCUGCAAACGAGUCGUGGCCCCUCAAGACUGAUGAUUUCUUCCCGUAUGCGGACAAACCUAAUGCAUACUGGACAGGGUACUUUACGAGCAGGCCAGCCUUUAAAAGAUAUGUGAGGGAUUUAAGCGGUUACUAUCUGGCAGCUCGACAAUUGGAAUUCUUGAGAGGUAGGAGCAGUUCAGGACCAACAACUGAUAUGUUAGCUGAUGCUUUGGCAAUUGCGCAACACCAUGAUGCAGUUAGUGGUACACAAAGACAGCAUGUGGCUGCAGAUUAUGCUCUUAGACUCUCAAUGGGUUACCUGCAGGCCGAGAAGUUGGUUGCCUCUUCCCUUUCCUUUUUAUCAGCAUCAAAAUCAAGUACUGAAGAGAAGAGUUCCGACACAAAAUUUCAGCAGUGUCCCUUGCUUAAUGUUAGUUACUGUCCGGUAUCUGAAGCUCGUUUGUCCAGCGGCAAAAGUCUGGUGGUUGUUGUUUACAAUUCUCUAGGAUGGAAACGGGAAGAAGUUGUCCGAGUUCCUGUAUCGUCUGAAAAUGUUAUCGUGAAAGAUGCAUCUGGGAAAGAAGUAGUAUCGCAGAUUCUACCUCUUUCAGACAUCACACUGAGAAUAAGAAAGGAGUAUGUCAAAGCAUAUCUUGGAAGAUCGCCAAAGGAUACUGCAAAACAUGUGCUUGCAUUUAUAGUUUCAGUACCACCUCUUGGGUACAGCUCGUAUGUCAUCUCAGACACUGGACGAACAGGGCGUGGACUAUCUGCGUCAUAUGUUACUUCUGGAAGCUUGAAUCAAGAUGGACAAGCUGGCCAAGGAAAUCUUAAGUUACUCUAUUCAAAAGAGGGUGUGAAAAUGACUCGUUAUUUAAGUACCCAAAAUCAGGUUACUGUAGAACAAACAUAUGCUUAUUACAUUGGAAGCAAUGGAACUGACAAGGAUCCACAGGCUUCUGGAGCUUAUGUUUUUCGACCAGAUGGUGUACGUCCAAUUAAAUCUGAAGGACAGGCUCAAUUGACUGUUGUUCGGGGACCUUUGUUUGAUGAAGUGCACCAAGAGUUUAACUCCUGGAUAUCUCAGAUUACCAGAGUGUACAAGGGAAAAGACCAUGCUGAAAUUGAGUUCACUGUUGGGCCUAUACCAGCUGAUGAUGGUAACAGCAAGGAGGUUAUCACUAAACUAACAACCACCAUGAAGACAAAUGAAACGUUUUACACAGACUCUAAUGGUCGGGACUUCAUCAAACGGAUUCGGGACUUCAGAACAGAUUGGGACUUGCAAGUGUACCAACCAGUUGCUGGGAACUAUUAUCCUAUAAAUCUCGGGAUAUACAUGCAAGAUAAAACUUCAGAGCUAUCGGUGUUGGUGGAUCGCGCUGUAGGCGGAUCCAGCUUAGAGGACGGCCAGAUCGAGUUGAUGCUUCAUCGGAGAAUGCUUCAUGACGACAUUAGAGGUGUUGGUGAGAUUCUUAAUGAGACAGUCUGUCUCCCUGACGGAUGCAAAGGCUUAACGAUACGAGGGAAGUUUUACGUACAGAUAGACAAACCUGGAGAUGGUGCAAGAUGGCGUCGAACAUUUGGUCAAGAGAUAUAUUCUCCACUUCUUCUAGCAUUCACGGAACAGGAAGGAGAUCAUUGGAUUAAUUCACAUAAGACAACAUUCUCAGCGUUUGAGCCGUCAUACUCAUUACCAAAUAACGUUGCAUUACUCACCCUCCAGGAGUUGGAAAAUGGGGAAGUUCUCUUACGGCUUGCUCACUUAUUCGAGGUUGGGGAGGAUAGUGAGUACUCAGUCAUGACAAAAGUAGAGCUAAAGAAACUAUUCAACAACAAGACGAUAAGCAAAGUGAAAGAGACAAGUCUCUCAGGGAACCAAGAGAAAGCGGAAAUGGAGAAGAGAAGGCUAGUGUGGAAAGUAGAAGGCUCAGCAGGGGAAGAAGUAAAGAGAGGAGAAGCUGUGGACGAGGAAGAGCUAGUUGUUGAGCUUGCUCCAAUGGAAAUCCGAACCUUUUUGAUCAGGUUUGAUGAUCACAUUGACAUGGUUGGUGAAGAGAGAGCAACAACAACAUAGAUUUUCAAGUAACACGGACGUUGUGACCUUUUAAAAAUGUCUUCACUGAACUCUUUUAAAAUGUCCAAAUGUGUGAAUUAAUAAAAAUUGCAUCCUCUCAUUUACUAUUUCAUUAGUUUAUAUCUGUGUUUGUGUUGAGUUAAAAGUUGCCAUUGAGUAGCUAAAAAUGGCAUAAACCAAUAUUGAUGUGAUCUGGUUCGUGUUUGACACACUUCG